AUGCCGCCGCCGCCGCCGCCGCCGCCGCUCGGUGUCACCUCCCUGCCCCACCAGUGCUCCGUCCUCCUGCGGCGGCUCGCCGCGAGCCGCUCUCUAGCCUCCUCCUCCUGCUCAUCCUUCCUCCGCGCGCUCCGCUGCCUCCACGCGCGCCUUCUCACCUCCGCGCUCCUCCACGCGCCGACGCACCCGCACCUCACCCUCCGCCUCAUCCACCUCUACACCCUCUCCGGCGACCUCCCCGCCGCCGCGACACUCUUCCGCGCCGACCCGUGCCCCGUCGCCGCCACUUCCCUCGUCGCCGCGUACGCCGCCGCUGGCCGCCUCCCCGCCGCCGUCUCCUUCUUCGACGCCGUCCCGCCGGGGCGCCGCGACACCGUCCUCCACAACGCCGUGAUCUCCGCGUACGCCCGCGCGUCACACGCCGCGCCCGCGGUCGCCGUGUUCCGCUCCCUGCUUGCCUCCGGCUCCCUUCGCCCCGACGACUAUUCGUUCACCGCGCUACUGAGCGCCGCGGGCCACCUGCCUAACAUCUCUGUCCGGCACUGUGCGCAGCUGCAUUGCUCGGUGCCCAAGUCCGGCGCCGGGGGUGCCUUGUCGGUGUCCAACGCGCUCAUUGCGCUGUACAUGAAAUGCGAAUCGCCCGAGGCGACACGAGACGCGAGGAAGGUGCUCGACGAAAUGCCGGAUAAGGAUGAGCUUACGUGGACUACUAUGGUCGUUGGGUAUGUUAGGAGAGGCGACGUUGGUGCUGCUAGAUCAGUUUUCGAGGAGGUUGAUGACAAGUUUGAUGUCGUGUGGAAUGCCAUGAUCUCAGGGUAUGUUCAUUCAGGAAUGGCUGUGGAGGCGUUUGAGCUGUUUAGAAGGAUGGUGUUGGAAAGGGUGCCUCUUGAUGAGUUCACAUUUACUAGUGUUCUGAGUGCUUGUGCAAAUGCUGGUUUCUUUGCGCAUGGGAAGUCCGUCCAUGGUCAGAUCAUUCGGCUGCAGCCAAAUUUUGUACCCGAGGCAGCUCUGCCUGUUAACAAUGCCUUGGUGACCUUCUACUCAAAGUGUGGGAAUAUUGCUGUUGCGAGAAGGAUAUUUGACAAUAUGAAAUCGAAGGAUGUCGUCUCUUGGAACACCAUUUUGUCAGGGUAUGUUGAGAGCAGCUGUUUGGACAAGGCAGUCGAGGUAUUUGAGAAGAUGCCAUAUAAAAAUGAGUUGUCAUGGAUGGUGAUGGUGUCAGGAUAUGUGCAUGGAGGAUUUGCUGAAGAUGCACUUAAGCUGUUUAACAGGAUGAGGGCUGAGGAUAUCAAGCCGUGUGACUACACCUAUGCUGGCGCUAUAUCUGCAUGUGGUGAGCUUGGGGCACUGAAGCAUGGAAAGCAGCUCCAUGGGCAUCUUGUGCAGCUUGGUUUUGAGGGGAGCAAUUCUGCAGGAAAUGCACUCAUUACCAUGUAUGCUAGAUGUGGUGCUGUGAAAGAAGCUCAUCUUAUGUUCCUUGUGAUGCCCAAUAUUGACUCUGUUUCGUGGAAUGCUAUGAUUUCAGCCCUUGGGCAGCAUGGACAUGGAAGAGAGGCACUAGAGCACUUUGAUCGCAUGGUUGCUGAAGGCAUAUAUCCUGAUAGGAUCUCUUUCCUCACAGUAUUGACAGCUUGCAAUCACUCUGGCCUAGUGGAUGAAGGCUUUCGAUAUUUCGAGUCCAUGAAGAGGGACUUUGGCAUUAUACCUGGAGAAGAUCACUAUACGCGGCUGAUUGAUUUGCUCGGUCGGGCUGGACGGAUUGGAGAAGCUAGAGACUUGAUUAAGACAAUGCCUUUUGAGCCUACCCCAUCCAUUUGGGAGGCAAUUCUUUCCGGUUGCCGGACUAGUGGAGAUAUGGAACUUGGUGCUCAUGCUGCAGACCAGCUCUUUAAAAUGAUACCGCAGCAUGAUGGUACAUAUAUCCUUUUGUCUAACACUUACUCAGCUGCAGGACGUUGGGUAGAUGCUGCCAGAGUAAGGAAGCUAAUGCGUGAUCGAGGGGUUAAGAAGGAACCUGGGUGCAGCUGGAUAGAAGCUGGAAACAAAGUUCACGUGUUUGUCGUUGGUGAUACAAAACAUCCAGAAGCACAUGAAGUUUACAAGUUCCUUGAAAUAGUUGGCGCCAAGAUGAGAAAGCUCGGAUAUGUUCCUGAUACAAAGUUUGUAUUGCAUGACAUGGAGCCUCAUCAGAAGGAACAUAUAUUAUUUGCGCAUAGUGAGAGACUGGCGGUUGGUUUUGGACUCCUAAAGUUGCCUCCUGGAGCUACGGUUACAGUUCUAAAGAACUUGAGAAUAUGUGAUGAUUGUCAUGCUGCAAUAAUGUUCAUGUCAAAAGCAGUCGGAAGGGAGAUUGUUGUUAGGGACGUUAGACGGUUUCACCAUUUCAAGGAUGGAGAAUGUUCAUGUGGUAACUAUUGGUGA